UUCAGCAGUCUGUGCACACCUGUUGGAUCGCUUCCCCCCACCCUCAGGUCCUCGGAGAUGGCGAUGGCUCUGGCGAUACUGCGGGACUGGUGCAGGUCGAUGGGCGUGAACGCUCAGCGAUCUCUGCUCAUCCUGGGCGUCCCAGACGACGGCGAAGACCAGGAAUUCCAGGAGGCUGUGCAGGCUGCCCUGCGUUCCCUGGGCAGGUACCGAGUGCUGCGCAAGGGCUACAGAAAGGAGCUGGGGUCGAGGGUUGCCCUGGUCGAGUUUGCUGAGUAUAUAAAUCGAAGCUUGAUCCCCCGCCAAAUACAGGGCAACGGGGGGCCCUGGACUGUGGCCUGCCUGCCCCAGGCCCCUGAUGCUGAGUCACAGGAUAGACCCAGUUUCCCUGCACAGCCUCGGACACAAGCAGUGGUUGGCAGGGCAGGUGAGGCAGGAACUGCAGGUCACUCAGGAACUGCGGGUGAGGAGGAAGCUGUAGGGGAGGCGGGAGCUGCAGGUAUGGAGGGAGACGCAGGUGAGGGGGAAGGCUUAGGUGAGGUGGCAGCGGGAGGUGAGGAAGGAGCUGGAGUUGAGGCAGGAGCUGCAGGUGAGGCAGGAGGUGCAGGUGAGGGAGGGGCUGGAGGUGAGGCAGGGGCUGGAGGCGAGGAAGGAGCUGCAGGUGAGGAGGGAGCUGCAGGUGAGGCAGGAGGUGCAGGUGAGGGAGGGGCUGGAGGUGAGGCAGGGGCUGGAGGCGAGGAAGGAGCUGCAGGUGAGGCAGGAGCUGCAGGUGAGGCAGGAGGUGCAGGUGAGGAGGGAGCCGCAGGUGAGGAGGGAGCCGCAGGUGAGGAGGAAGGUCCAGGUGAGGCAGGGGAUGGAGGUGAGGCAGGGGUUGAGGGUGAAGCAGGAGCUGAAGGUGAAGCAGGAGUGUCAGACGACGAGGGAGCUGCAGGUGAAGGGAAUGUUGCAGGCGAGGCAGCACUUCCGAGUAUGGCAGGACCCGCGGGCGAGGCAAUGACCGCGGCUGAGGAAGCAGCUGUGGAAGCGGCAGGCGCCAUGGGUGAGGCGGCGCCCUGGACCCAGCAGUGGAGGCAGGCCUUGCAGGCCGUGCCAGACACCGCGGGCUCCCAGGAGCUGGGAACCUUCUCUGGGAUGCAAGAGCCGGGCCACGGGGAAGAGUCCUUUGAGAGCUGGCUGGAGCAGGCCAGCGACAUGCUGCACCUGUGGCGCCACGUGUCUGAGGGGGAGAGGAGGAGGAGGCUGGUGGAGAGCCUGCGCGGCCCCGCGCUGGACGUCCUGCGCGGCCUCCUGGCGGAAGAUCCCGAGCUGGCCGCCCAGGACUGCCUGGCCGCGCUGGUGCAGGUGUUUGGGAACACGGACCCCCGGGAGAGCGCUCGGCUGAAGUUCCUGACCUGUGCCCAGCGGCCCGAGGAGACUCUCUCUGCGUACGUGAUGCGCCUGGAAGGCCUGCUGCAGUCGGCCCUGGAGAAGGGGGCCAUCCUCCCGGCCGUGGCGGACCAGGUGCGCGCCCGGCAGGUGCUGAUGCGGGCCCGGCUGAACGACACGCUCCAGAAGAUGCUGAGGACGCAGCUGAUGACCAGGCCUCCCGGCUUCGUGCGGAUGCUGCGGCUCCUCCAGAUGACCGAGGCCUGCGAGGCCGCCCUGGCUAGCAGGGAGCUGUUCCCAGGGGAAGAAGAGGCCCGUGUGGACGUUGGAGUCCUGGCAGCAGCCGCCCAGGCCGCCGCGGCCCAUGAGGCCAUCACCGCGGGCACCACUGCGGAUGGCACCAAGGCCUCCCCGGCCGGUGAAGAUACCUCCACCCAGGCCGCCCUUUCCAAGCAAGGUAGCGCUGAGGACCACCCGGCGCCCGAAGAGGCCAGUGAGGCCGUUGCCGGCACUGCCAAGGCUGGCGAGGCGGGCCCUGAAGACCAUGGUGCCGCCAGGGCAGCCCCUGGCCCUGGGGAGACCAGCAAGGCCUCCGCGGCCACUCAGGAAGGUGGAGGAGCUCCCGGCCCUGCGGGCCUAGGUCCGGCAGGACCCACACAUGCCCGUGGAGUCCCCAUGCCUGGCCGGAUGGGCAGUGCUUCCCCGGUGGCCCCAGGAGGUCCUGGCUGGGAGCCAGAGGGCCUCGCCCAGGCAGGAGGCCAGCAGGCCGAGGAGACCCCCGAGGAGGGGCUCCAGCAUGUCCCAGAAGAGCCGGGAAAUGAGGACGGGGCUGCAGAGAUGAGCCCCCUGGGGUCGUCCUCGGGCCAGUAGGCUCAGCAGGCCCCGGGGCCCCCAGGCUUGGAGGCAGGGGGAGGCCAGCCCUGGCAGCCUCCUGGCCCCAUGUUAGGGGCCACUCAAGGUGCCUGGGCCUCCCUCCCGAGAGGGGACCCCUGUUCGUCAUCCC